GCGACGAUCCCAGUGCAGCCCGCCGCUCACCUGGGCCGAGGUUACGCCCCCGGGCGGAGCUCCCCACAGCUUGGCCAAUCAGUGCCCUCUCCAGGGGCGUGGCCUCAGGGUCCAGGUGCCCCUAGAGCUCCUCCGAUGCUAGGAUGCUGGGAAGACAGACACUCCCUCUAUCUUCCCUCUUCUUAAGGAGGCGUGUUGAGGCUGGAAUUUCUGUCCCUUGAAACCAAAACUCGGAGGGCGGCCCCUUAGGGGCUUAUAGGUCCACGAACUGGUCCCCUCUCCUGGGCCGCGGUGGUACGGUCCGGAAGGUACCAAGGGGAGGACGGCGGGGACCGCCGUCUGGGCUGAAGUGGUACGCCAGAGGAUACCGCGAGGGGGCGCCAUCGCCCCCUCAUCCGGGCGGAGGUGGUACAGCCCGGAAGGUGCCAAGGGGGAAAACGGCGAGGGGAGCCAGCCGAGGUGGUACGGCCCGGAAGGUACCAAGGCCGCGGGUGUCGCCUUCGCCCCACCCCCGCCUGGGCUGAAGUGGUACGGCCCGGAGAGUGCCAAGGGGAUGACUACGGGGAUCACCCAGCAGCACCACCCCCGACUGGGCUGAGGUGGUACGGCCAAGAGGGUGCCAAGGGGGCGACAGCGGGGGGGAAUCGACCAGCAGCGUGGCCCCUCCACCGGCUCAGCAGCGGCGGCCGAGAAACCCAGACGCUCAGAACACUGCGGAACGAGUCCCGCGGGAUAGCGGGAAGCCGUGGUUGGCUUCCGACGCGUCACUUCCAGCUCAUGGCUUCCGGGUCCGCCCGCGCCCCGCCCGGUGCCGCCCGCAUGGCCGCUGCCUCCAGCCCCGCGUCCCUGCCCUGCGCUGCCCACCGCCCCUGAGAUGUCGGCAUCCACUAAGCCCGCGGCCCUGGCAGAGCUGGCUCCGGGCCCCGGUGAGAAGCCGGGGGGACGGCCGCUCCUGGCCUGGGGCCCCGUGUUUGGCCACCGGAGUGAGAAGAUCGCGUUUGGCCAGAGCGAAGGUGGCCCCGACGGGCAGGCGCUCACGGUCACCGUCACUGAGACGACCGUCAUCGAGGCGGACCUGGGCGUUUGGGGUGCCCGCGCGCUCAUCUACCUCACACUCUGGUUCUUCUUCAGCUUCUGCACCCUGUUUCUCAACAAGUACAUCCUGUCCCUGCUGGAAGGGGAGCCCAGCAUGCUAGGGGCCGUGCAGAUGCUGUCAACCACGCUUAUCGGCUGCGUUAAAAUAUUUGUUCCCUGCUGUUUGCAUCAGCACAAAGCCCGGCUCUCCUACCCUCCCAACUUCAUCAUGACCAUGUUGUUCGUGGGUCUCAUGAGGUUUGCAACAGUGGUUUUGGGUCUGGUCAGCCUGAAAAAUGUGGCGGUGUCCUUUGCUGAGACGGUGAAGAGCUCGGCCCCCAUCUUCACUGUGAUCCUGUCCCGGACCGUCCUGGGGGAGCACACCGGGCUGCUGGUCAACCUGUCACUUAUCCCUGUCAUGGGCGGCCUGGCGCUGUGCACGGCCACCGAGAUGAGCUUCAACUUCCUGGGGUUUUCGGCCGCCUUGUCCACCAACAUCAUGGACUGUUUGCAGAACGUUUUCUCCAAAAAGCUCCUCAGCGGGGACAAAUAUAGGUUCUCGGCUGCGGAGCUGCAGUUCUACACCAGCGCGGCCGCCGUGGCCAUGCUUGUCCCGGCCUGGAUCUUCUUCAUGGACUUGCCGGUCAUCGGGAGGAGCUUCCGCGCCAGCCAGGACGUGCUGCUUCUGCUGCUGGCGGAUGGCGUCCUGUUCCACCUGCAGAGCGUCUCGGCCUACGCCCUCAUGGGGAGGAUCUCCCCCGUGACCUUCAGUGUCGCCAGCACCGUCAAGCACGCCCUGUCCAUCUGGCUCAGCGUCAUCGUUUUCGGCAACAGGGUCACCAGCCUGUCAGCCGUGGGCACCGCGCUGGUGACAGCCGGAGUCCUGCUCUACAACAAGGCCAAGCAGCGGCAGCAGGAGGCCAUGCAGAGCCUGGCUGCGGCCACCAGCCAGUGCCCAGACAGCAGCCCUGAGCCGCUGCUCCCCCCGGAGCCCCGGCCACACCACUGAGCCCCGGAGCCUCAGGGGCGCCGCGCACCACGCCCGUGCUCACCGGCGGGGGACCCCCUUCACCUCUCCCGCUCCCUGGACAGCAGGCGUGGGGCCUCGGGCUCCACGGGUCACGGUCCGGGUGUGGGAGGUGCGGGAGGGCAGCCUUUCCUGCUCUUUCCUGGGAUGUUCGGUCAGAGCUGGGGGAGCUCGAAUCGGGGUUCCAGAUGUCAGCCCCUGGGCCGCAGACCACAGCUGCCACUGAGCCGUUGCCGAGCCACGUGACCUCCUCCUCCCGGCGGCCUCUGCGCACCCCCUGCAGCCAGGCCAGGCCCCGAUUCCUCUGUGGGUGACGGCCCCUGGGGACAGCUGCGAAGCCGGGGCUGCAGCUAGGUGCCAGCGGUCUCCCUCCCCACCUGCAGCCGGAGCAGAGAACCCGCUUCCCCACGCCAGCCGUCGGCGGCCACCGGAGGUACGUCCGGCUCCUCGGCUGUCAGGGAGUCUGUCCACUGGGCUCGGACAGGCUGCCCCACUGCCCGGACGCGGAGGCCACGGCAUCGGGGCACAGAGCAGAGAGGGGACAGCUGGGGUGCAGAGACCGGGGUUCCCUGCUCCUGAGGAUGGAGUGGCCGGCCCCCGCCCGGGGCGGAGCUGCCCGCAUCAGCACCACUGAGGAGCGAAGGCGGCCCCACCCCUUUCCGUGCCUGCUGCGCCGAGCUCCUCACCACCUGAAGGUCUAGCCCUCACCUGCGGCCGGGGCGUCCCCAGAGGCCCAGACGUGGCUUCCAGCCCAAGGCUGUGGGCAGCCCCCCGCGGUGUCUGGCUCAGGGAGGGGGCUGCUGUCCCUUCUGCCCCCCUGGGUGAGAGGCAGGCUGUUCGGGGCGCCCCCGGGGAGCACCCGCCCGCACUCAGCUGGUCAGGAGCCUUGCCUUGUCUCAUCAACGAGGCUGUUAGGACUUUCCCUCGUGAAUGAUGAGCAGGACGAGUGUGGAAUAUUUACAGUUUUUGUUGUGCUGCGUUUAAAAUGACAGUGUAGGUUUUUAAAAGGAGACACAGGCAUGGGUGGCUUCUGGAAGGCAUCGUGUAUGCCACGUAAACCACAGUCAGACCCGCGGCCCGGCCCGCCGCCUCCGGAGCACACAGCCCGACGGCCAGGUGUCUGAGGCCUGUGGUGGGGCUGAGGCUCCGUCCCUCACUUCACCCCUUGCCUCGCAGCCUGUUGGGAUUUCUGACCGGGACGCAGCCCCUCCCUCCCGCCAGGCUCGGGCUCUGGGGCUUGUCCGGUGCAGCCCUACUCGGGGCCGUGGGCUGGCGCCCUGGCCAUCUCCAGCCAACCUGCGGACAGAGCCACCCGAAGGCACAAAUCGUUCCCUGAGUCUCAGGCAACAGUCCCAGGUGUUCGGGGCCUGGGCUCCCUGAUUGCUUCUCUGGUUUUCCAGUUGGCUUCUCAACUGGAAAAUAUAAAAUAGCCCCUCCUGGAGAGCAAAUCUCUUGGAAACAAAGAGCAAUAACUACAUCUCAUUAAGUUCCGCUAACUUUAAAAAGCUUAUAAUGAUGAUGGAUUAAAAUGAGGCCUUUUAAACGACAAACAACCUUUUUACGAAGCUGACCUCCUGCUCCAGAGGACGGCGGGUCCCACGCACCACCUUCACUGUGCAGGGGUUGCUCGUGUGACUUUCCCAGGUUUUAUCCCUUUCCUCUUUUUCCGCUUCCCCCCAAAACAAAACUAAAGAGGAUUCUUUGGCGGUAGCUGGGGUGGCCGGCUGGUGCGUUGAUCUGUGAGGACCAGAGAGGAAGCACCGUUUCCCUGGGGCUGCUGCCUCUGCCCUCAGACUGUGGCCGCUGUGCCCACGGCUGAUGGUGAGACGUGAACGGAAGGGGUGCAUCUGUGGUCGCCCACGGCAGACUGUCAUCUGAGUGGGAUCACGUGCCAGCCGCCUGUGUCCGAGUGUUGUUAGGGACCUGGGUCCCUGCCUCCUGUGGACGCGCCCCUCCCUCCACUCUCCUCCUGUUCUGAUUUUCUAGAUAUUAGGACCAAGAAAGAUUUUCCUAAAUGAUUAGUAAAUGAGGCGAUUUCUAGCAAAGCUGCUUUUGAGACUUCUCCUCGUCCCGGGUGGGAGACCGCAAAACAUGUGCCGCAGCUGCAUUCUGUCUGCGUCUCCACCCCUAAGUCGUCCACAUGUUGGGCGUUUCCGGC